AUGUCUACUCAAGACCUUGAAUCCAAGCUGUAUGACUUCGUCAUCAUUGGCGGUGGAACUGCUGGUCUCGUUUUGGCAUCACGCCUGACAGAGAAUCCCAACACUCAUGUGUUGGUGCUUGAAGCUGGUGCAUCCAAAUUAGAUCCAGCACUGAACAACCGCAUUAUCGCUCAACCGCGCGGUAAAGUGCUCGGAGGUAGCUCCGCCAUUAACUUUCUGAUGGCCUCGCAUGGGACCGCAAGCGAGUUUCAACAUUGGGAGGAGCUUGGGAAUCCAGGCUGGAACUGGGAAUCCAUGCUUCAAUAUUUUCGCAAGUCAGAGUCGUUUAUUCCUCCAACAGCAGAGCAGGCAGCGCUAUAUGGUACUGCGAGUUAUGAUCGUAGCCUAUACGGCUCCGAUGGCCCGGUCCAGCUCACCAUGCCCAUUGGUACGGGAGCUUCUGAUGCUUCGUGGCAGCCGACACUACAGGCUCUCGGAAUUCCAUCGGACAACGAUCCCAGGGUGCCAGGCAGUCUUGGAGGCUGGCCAGUGUUGAAGUAUACUGAUUCUACGGGGAAGAGGAGUUAUGCGGCGUCUGCCUACUAUGCUUCGAUCGCUGGACGACCUAAUCUUAUGGUACUGACGAGUGCAUAUGUUACCAAGAUGCUCCUUGAUCCACCAGAAGAGUCUGGGGGCUUGGCAAAAGUGGCAGGUGUGUCUUUUAUCCUCGACAAAGUAGAACACGUCGUUCGCGCUACCAAAGAAACGAUUCUUGCCGGUGGCUCAUAUAUGAGCCCUAAACUACUGGAAUUAUCUGGCAUUGGAUCUUCUAGUCUACUGAAGAAACUUGGUCUAGACGUUGUAGUCGACAAUCCCGCUGUAGGAGAAAACUUACAAGAUCAUCCUUUGGUACCAUUAAUCAGCGAGGCCCAGGACGGCGUAAUGGGCGCCGAAUCAUUCCGACAGCCGGAAGUUUUACAGUGGGCGCUGAAUGAAUGGAUGUCUGGUCGAUGUGGCCCUCUGUCGUCGGGGAUAAAUGGCACAUCGUUCUUGUCAACACAGAGCAUUGCCCAUCAUGUCGGACAGUCGCCUGAUUCUAUGCAGAGCAUUGGCACGAACCACGAUGAUGAGCAUUCUCCAUUCUUGCGAAAGCUUCUCUCAAGCGACAGUGAGGCCGACUUACAAUUCAACUUCGCCCCUGCUGGCUUCGAUCCAUACAAAGGCGGGGAGGCUCUCUCGCGGCUAUUCACGCACCCUGAUCCAGGAAACUACCUUGGUAUGGUCGCUGCACUGACUCACCCAUUUUCGAGAGGCUCUGUGCAUGUCACUUCAUCCGACCCUCAGGUUGCGCCGUCUAUUGAUCCCAAUUACCUUGAUCACCCGGUGGAUUUUGAGCUAUUGGUGCAGGGUGUGCUUUUCAUGCAAAAGGUCUUUGAGACAAAGCCUCUUGCAAACUACGUUCGUGAUCGAGAAGAUGGAAGCGGGAAAAAGAUACAAGAGAGCUUCAAGAUACCCACCCGGAUUGAUCGAGAUAUUGCUGAGAAGCUGGUAAGAGAAGCGACUAUUUCCUCGUGGCAUCCUGUUGGCACAUGCGCCAUGUUGCCUCGGGAGAAGGGAGGAGUGGUCAACCCGCAGCUGAAAGUAUAUGGAGUAGACAAGCUGAGGGUUGUUGAUGCGAGUAUCAUGCCUGUCCUAGUUCGGGGCAACAUUGCGACUGCGGUUUAUGCCAUUGCAGAAAAAGCUGCAGAUAUUAUCAAGGAGGAGUACAGCCUAUAA